CAAAGCGGAAAGGAAGUGGGCUUUCAGCCCCUUUCUGAGAAAAUAAGGCCUCUGCCGUUUCCUUCCUGCUGAAAUCUCUCUUCACCUCAGGCUGACAUGCGGUUCUCCUGAACCCCAGACUCCUAGAGGAGGCUCAGCUGUUCCAAAUAAGGCCCUCACCAGAAAGCCAAAGGCGGACACCAAUCUUUGGUCCCACUUAGGUUUGAUGAGCCCAAAUACAGUCCCUUUACCUUCGCCUGGGCAGAGGGAAGGGGCUUGGCUACUUCUGCUUUCAAGAGUCAGGAGCAGAGGCCUAAAAUGGAAACAGCUGAGAAGAAAGGAGCCAAGUCAAAAACAACAUCCAGCUGAAAGAGGUCAGGCCCGAUAAGCAGGCUGACCACAGGCUUGAAAAAGAGGUCAGGCCCCAGGAGCCGAGCUGGAGCAGUGAGGCGUGUUUCUGCCAGGGGAAGACAAUGGCCUGUGAGAUGGACACAGAAUUGUUCCAGCUAUUUGUUGAAAAGAUUACCCUUUGUUGAAUUGCCUUUGCACCUUUAUUGAACUCCAUUGACCACAUGUAGAAGAAAUGUCAAUGAUUAGGAGUUUUGAAGGAUUCCAGCCUGUAUCUCUGAAGCAGGAGGGAGAUUACCAACCCUCUGAGACUGACCAGCUGUCCACGGAGGAGGGGGACCCAGGCAUGGACCCAGAGCCAAGGCAGAUUUCAAGGCAGCCAAGUGUGACCGAAUCAACACUGUACCCCAAUCCUUAUCACCGACCUUUUGUCUCACGGAAGUACUUUGCUACACGGCCGGGGGCCAUUGAGACUGCCAUAGAAGACUUGAAAGGCCACAUAGCCAAGACUUCUGGAGAGACAAUUCAAGGCUUCUGGCUCUUGACAGAGAUAGACCACUGGAACAAUGAGAAGGAGAGGAUUUUGCUGGUCACAGACAAGACUCUCUUGAUCUGUAAAUAUGACUUUAUCAUGCUCAGCUGUGUGCAGUUGCAACGGAUUCCCCUGAGCUCUGUCUACCGAAUCUGCCUGGGCGAGUUUGUCUUCCCUGGGAUGUCACUGGACAAGAGACAAGGAGAAGGCCUUAGGAUCUACUGGGGGAGUCUGGAAGAACACUCCCUCUUUUCCCGCUGGAACCCAUGGUCCACUGAGGUGCCUUAUGCGACCUUCACUGAGCAUCCCAUGAAAUACACCAGUGAGAAAUUCCUUGAAAUUUGUAAGUUGUCUGGGUUCACGUCUAAGCUUGUUCCAGCUAUCCAGAAUGCCCACAAGAAUUCCACUGGAUCUGGAAGAGGAAGGGGACUGAUGGUGUUAACUGAACCCAUUUUGAUUGAAACCUACAUGGGGCUGAUGUCAUUCAUUGGAAACCGCAACAAACUUGGCUAUUCCCUUGCCCAUGGGAGUAUUGGUUUUUGAGACUCUAUUUGGUGUAUGGGUAUGUCAUCCAUCAAUAUAUCUUUAUUGAAGAUUCUGUUUCAGACCACCAUAUUUUUGGACUAAAACAAUUAAUUACUUUUAAAUACUACUACAUGAUGUUGAAUACUUAGUGUCUUAGGAAAUCUAAAAGCUUGAUUAAACUGAUAGAUGCACACCUCAGACCUCAUAUAUGAAUAAUCAAAUUUCCUAAAACCAGAAAAGACAUUCUCUUAAGCUCCUCAAAUAAUGUUGUCAAUGAAUACCUGAUCAUAAACUGAGGGCAGACUCUCUGGGUUCUUAUUCUGUCCUCUAAAUGUAGGCAUUUUCUGGAUCUUGAUCUUGAGCGCUUUGAUUCUGAUCUUUUCUUUUAUUGGGAUCUGACUGUAUUAUUUUAGCUACUCUUUUUAUGAAGAUGACUUCCAAAUCCUUAUUGCUAUCCCUGAUAUUUCUUCAAGAUUCAGUUUUGUAUUUCUUUCUGCUGUUCAUAUAUAUCCGUGUUCCAAUGGCCACUCACAUUCAGCAUCUUCAAAAUCCUGGAGUUCUCUGUGGCAUUUUUAUGGUUCCAGUCAUCAUCCCUGAAAUCCAUCAGUUCUGAUAUAUCUAAAUUCCUUGCCAAAUAAUUUUAUAUGGUAUCUUUCUUAGUUUGUUUAGGCUGUUAUUACAAAAUACCACAGACUGGGUGGCUUAUAAACAACAGAAAUGUAUUUCUCACAGUUCUGGAGGCUGGAAUUCAGAGUUCAGAGUGCCAGCAUAGUCAGGUGAGGGCCCUCUUCCCGGGUUACAGACUUCUUGUCAUAUCCUCACAUGGUAAAGGGGCAAGAGGGUUCUCUUGUGCUUCUUUUAUAAAGGCAUUAAUCUUAUUCAUGAGGGCUCUGCUUUCAUUAUCGAAUCACCUCCCAGAGUCCCCACUUCUUAAAACCAUCACAUUGGACUUUAGGCUUUCAGCAUGUGAAUUUUGGGGGGACACAAACUGUCAGAGCAUAGCAGUACCAAAUUUAUGUGUGGCUUAGUAUUGUACCCCAAUGCCCAGAUGUCAAACUUAAAGUUCAUUCUUCUUUAAAAAUUGUUCAUGAACUCCUUUGCCUUUCCAUUUUCACAGGUAUAUAUUAUUAGAUCAAGUCUCUAAUUCUGUUCCUCUGGGUAAUUUUGCCAUAGCCUUUUAUUUGGAAUCUUUGAUCUGAGCUUGACUCUAUUCUAAUCCAUCCUGCAUUUGGUUGCCAGAUUUCUAAAGCACAAUUUGACCCUAUCACUCCCUGCUCAAGAACUUUUAAUGGCUCAUUUUCUUCUGCAGUUUUUUGUUCAAGUAUUUAUUUCAUUUUAUUUUCCAAUAGCAGACCCUUUCCUUCUAUUGAAAUCUGUUUUGGACUCCCAAAAUGUAAAACAGAUA